UCCCGAGUCGCCCGGAUGUACGCUACAAGAUGGCUCAGUUUUCAAAACUUAACUAAACGUUUUUGUUGAAAAAAUCGAGGUACAUUUUGAAUAUUAGUGUGUGUGAACAGACAACAUAAAGCAUAAUGGCAGCUCGAGAUCUGUCUAAAACUUUUGAGGAGUUCGAAUCGGAGGACAUCAGCUAUGAGACGUCAGUUCCAACUGAUUUGACUAUGUCCCCAGACCAUAGCGAUGGGGAGGGGUUAACGAAGAAAAGACAUAUCACAAAACAGUUGAUUGAACGAAAGCAGCUUGUACACGACAUACAAGUGAUGAAAAUUGAAUUGUCACAGAAAAAUCUGACAAUAGAAAACAUGAAAGCUGAAAGUUUAUCACGGGUUGAGGAGUUGGAAGAGAAACUAAACGAUGCUCUUCAUCAAAAACAAAUUCUGACAGCAAGGCUAGAAUCUCAGCUGCAAAUACAGGAGACAGAAUCGAAGAGGCGCCAGGAUCUUGUCAAGCAAGAACUGGAGGCAGUUCGGCGGAGACAGCAACAAUUGGAAGGUACCAAUGAAAGACUCCAUGAAAAGGCUGGUGACGUGCGGCGAACACUGAAAGACUUGUCACUGUCUGAAGAGAAAUAUUUUCAUCUGAAAACACUGACUGAGGAAGAUCUGUCCCUGAGAGAUUAUGUCGCUAUGCGUCUGUUUGAAGCAGUGAAACCACUACAGACUGAAGUUGACCAGUUACGUAUGAGCAAGCAGACCCUGGAGGAAGAGACACAGACAUCAGCUAAGGACAUUCUUCAAUUACAGAAGGAACUCGACGAAGAAAGACAAGGCCAUGGCGAACUUCGUGUUGAGUUCCAGAAAAUGGCUUUCAGCUAUGCAGAUGUUAAAGAUAAAGUUAAACAUGACAAUUAUAGAGUUGAAAACUAUGACAGAAUUAAAGGUGAGAGAGAUAAUCUGGAGCAUGACAGUCUGGAUGUGCACCGACAGCUGUCAGUGUUGGAAGCAGCUCACUCUAAUCUGCAGAAGGAACGGGAUGAUCUCAGCAGAGAGCUGUCCUCCACCAAGCAGUCCCUGGCAUUGCUGAAGCAGGAUAAGGACUACCUCACCCGCCAAGUAUCUGAAGUUUCCAACAAGAGUUCCUUCUCUGAGGAAAAGAUACAGCAGAUUGGCAGGCAGCUAGAGGAUGCCAAACGAGCAAGGGAGGAGAUGUAUGAGAAAUAUGUAGCCUCAAGAGACCAGUACAAGUCUGAGUACGAGGCAAAGUUGAGGGAUGAGUUGGAGCAGAUCCGUGUACGCACCAAUGCCGAGAUUGAUCGUCUUCGAACUUCCACCAAAGAGAUGUACGAGCGGGAAAACAGGAACCUGCGAGAGGCUCGUGACAUGGCGAUAUCGGAGCGGGAGAAAUGUCAAGCUGGAGAGAGGGAGAUGAAUACUAAAUAUGAACAACUGCUUAAUGAGUACCGCAAGAUGCAAACGUGUGGUGACACCCGUGUUAGUGAUAUUCAGAAUGAUUUGAAGUUGAAGACAUUUGAAGCAGAGCGGACGCAGAUGGUCCAUGAGGAGACUGUGAAGAAUCUGCGUCAGAGUGAGAUGGAGGUGGAAAAACUGCAGAAGAAAGCAGAGGUUUUGAUCAAGGAGUACCACACCCUGGAGAUGACAAUGGAGAAGAGGGUGUCAGAGCUGGAGACUGGCAUGUCUCAGAGGGCCAUGAAGCUGGAGACUUAUGAGAGGAUGGAAAAGGAACUGGACGAUGUUGUCAUGCAGGCUGCUGAGGUUGAUAAUGAAGAGGAUGCAGAGCGUGUGUUGUUCUCCUAUGGAUACGGAGCUAAUGUUCCCAGUACAUCCAAGAGAAGGCUGCAGCAGAGUGUCCACCUUGCACGACGGACGUUGCAACUGGAGAAGGCCAACACAUCAUUACGACAUGAGAUAGAGAGGGAGAAACAGAAAACUUCCCAGCUGGCAGAGGAGGUGAGGAAUGCCAACUCUCUCCUAGACCAGUCCCAGCAGCCAUACAACUAUCUUAUAGACAGUAUCCGAGUCCGUGAUGAUCAGAUGAAGAAGCUGAAAGAUCACACAGCUAGGCUGGAGGAGGACCUAAGGAAAACAGAACGUGGAGCCGCUGAAAUGGUUCGCACCAAGAACCAGAUGUCCCUGGACUUGGAGAGGCUGCUCAAUCAGAAGGAGGAAAUGGCUGUGAUGAAACAAGUUGUGAUGAAUCUAUCGACCCGUCGUCAUGGUGACAAGAAGCAACACACAAGAGAGCCUGUUAAACCAAAGUCCAUGUCCUAUAACAGUUUUGACAUGACAGAUGACCCUAAUAUUGACCGACCUGGGUCAAUUUCAUUGACAAUGCAGGGUUCACCAAGCUGGGCGGGCAAGCUUAAAAAGAAGAAUGCUGGAGGGGGCAACACAAAGUUGUCCAAAGUGUAUGGCAUUUCCAGCUCAUGAGGAGAUGACCAAUAAUUCAAACAUCCGUCCACUUGUCUUCUCAUGCCGUGUAUGACACAUGAACCCUAGUUGUACAAUGCAAAAUACUUGUCUUUAUUAUAUCACUAGGUGUAUAAACCAUAUAUGAGUAGGGGUAUGUCAUAGUUACAUAGAGAGUUAUAGUGAGUAGGCCAGCACGAUAUAACAGAGGAAACAGAGCCAUGUCAUCCUCUCUAUCUCCAGGGUAACUCCUGGAUCUUAUAUUACCUUGACUUUCAUUAAUAUUUUACCAACAUAUCAGUUACCAAGAUUAUGGAGAUGGGUAUAUUAACAGUAGUAUUGGUUCAUUACAACCAAUCAAUCAUCGAAAAUAAUUGGUUAGCAACAUUUAUGAAAUUUGUUAAUACACAAAAAAAUACGGGAAAAACAUGUAG